AUGGCGUCCAUAAGGUGCACAGAAAGUGAACUGCCAAUUUAUGUUGUCAAUGCAUUCACAAAGAAGCCGUUCGGUGGUAAUCCUGCUGCUAUUUGCCUCCCAGGUCAUCAGGUAUUAUGUCGUUCUCUACAUCACGGACUUUUAUAAAAAAAUAUGUAAUUAUUUGACAUUGUAAUAUGAUAUUUAUUGAUGCACUGAUCUGGGCGGGGGCCAUUCCAUUUAAUGUACACACCCCCUAUGGUAGAGAGUUUCUGAGGCUGUUUGAAAAAGCCGUUUCUGAGGAGUUGCAUGCAUUUGCAUCCUUUCAUCUUUGCAUUUUUUUUGAGGGGUAAAGCAAAAAUUUCUUAAUUUCAUUUGGGGGGGUUAAUUGUUUGCCUCCAGACGCAAGACUACUGCAUAAAAUAAGAAGAAUGGUCAUUAUUUUCUUAGAGUGAUAAAUGCGACCAUCUAACGAUCUGUAUACUUAUCAGUUAAUAUUUUUUGCUCUUUCUAGGAAAUUGACUCUUGCAUUUACCAGAAACUUGCAGCUCAAAUGAACAUCUCUGAAACUGCUUUUAUUGGAAAGAAAUCAGAAAGUCAAGACUACAAGACAGGUCUCUAUUUUGGCAUUUGCCGGUGAACGUUUAGCAAGACAGGAUGACAGAUAGUGGUGAAGUUUAGGAGAGAGAGAUAGGACAUAUAAUGAAAAGAAUGAACAUUAUUUUCUCACUCUGAUAACUACAGGUUGAGCAACACCUGCUGCACGAUACUGCUUCAGUCAAAAACAGUUCAGAUAUAUAUAUAGGGAGAAUAUCACCACAGAAAUAAAUAAAUUACAGAACAAUAAAAAGUUGAUCAAAUAUUAAAUGAACAUCUUUAGGUGACUGUUUCAACCUACGUUGGUUUACUCCAACCGUUGAAGUUCCCCUGUGUGGUCAUGCUACUCUAGCCUCAGCUGCAGUGUUGUAUUAUGUAGUAGGUAAAUUAAACCUUUUCUCCAUUAAAGCAUGAAAUGAAAUAGUAAUCAGGCAAUUGAUCAUUCAUAAGCCCGACCAAUCAACAAGCUCCUAGAUUAGCAAAUUAACUGCUUAAUUAGCUAAUUAAUUAGUAAACAUAUGACUCAGUCAAUCAGCUAACCUAUGAACAAGUUGUCUGGGUUUAACUAAUUAAAUAAUUAGUUGGUUCAUUAAUUAGUUAAUUUCUGGGAUUACAUAAUCAAUUGGUUAAUAAGCUAAUUAGUUAACUGUUGAUUAAUCAGUUAGUCCAUAAUUUAGUUUGUUUAUUAGUUAAUUGCCCAAUUAGGAAAUGAAAUUAUGAAUAAAUCAUUCUAUCCAAUAAUAUUUCAUAAUAAUGUAGCAGUCAGUGGAGAUGGCUUAGUUCUAUUUUGUCUGUGUUUAAAACUCUUCUCAUUUCUACAGGAAAUCAGAAUGAAUGUCUUACCUUUGAUACCCAGAGUGGCCCACUUAGAGUGAAAAAAGAUGGUAUAUUUUAAAUCGUUUUCUUUCUUUUUUCCUUACAAAUGGAUAAAAGAUCUAUACUUCCCCCACAGAGGAAAUUUCUGCCGUCCGGAGGGGGAGUGGAGAAAAAAUUGUUUCUGAAUUCUGAUAAUAGUAAGUGUAUUAGGACAUCCGAAGGGGGUAGGGGGGUUAACUUCCUAUUUCUUCCGUGGGGGUGGUAUGGAUGUUUUCUGGAAUGACCCAAUUGCAUUAAUACAAAUGUGUUUGAACCUGAAUACGUUUAAUUUGCUCAAUGAAUAUUGUUUCGUUUUUGUUGUUAAUUGAUGUAGGAGAAUUUUUGUGUCUGGAUAUGCCAAUUAACAAACCCAACAUUGUUGAAAAGGUACCUGAAAUUUACUCUCAAAAGCUCCUGCGCCAGUUUAUUAUUUUUGCGCAUGUACCUAUUCGUUGUUUAUAAUUGCGUGUUAAUAUCCUAAUUGUUUUAUUGUCUGAAUAAGGAGCAGUCUUUUCAAUGUUUUAAAACAGGAUGUAGUGGAACGAUUACAAGCGUUAAUAAAAGUAAGUUAUAGUUGAUUGCCUUAGAAUGAGAUCUUGACCAAAUUUAAGAUAAAAUAAUUUAAUGAAUAUUUUUAAAUGUUUAGGCAACUAUUGGCGAGCUUGCAGUUCAUUGUGUCUGCUAUUCUCCAAAGACGAGAAAACUUUUAGUGAGAUUGGAAGACUCUACUUCAAGGCAAGUUUGAAUUUAAGGUUCCACUAAGACAGAACAGGAUGAAUUCAAUGCUGCGCUCAGAUCACUCCUUUCAUCACAUGCAGCAAGCCUUGCUCAAACGAGGACGAGAUUUGAUGAAAAUUGCAACUCUCGCUCGCGUUUCAUCUCUCAUGCAACCCUUGUUCUCGUUUGACCAGACCGUGAGAGUUGAGAAAACUCUCAUGCAAACUCUCGCUUCUCAACUUUCAUUCAACUCUUGUUCUCAUUUGACCGGGGCAUGAGAGUUGAGAAAACUCUCAUGCAAACUCUCGCUUCUCAACUCUCAACAACUCUCAUGCAAACUCUCACUUCUCAACUCUCAUCAACUCUCAUGCAAACUCUCGCUUCUCAACUCUCGUCAACUCUCAUGCAAACUCUCGCUUCUCAACUCUCGUCAACUCUCAUGCAAACUCUCACUUCUCAACUCUCGCCAACUCUCAUGCAACUCUUGUUCUCGAUUGAGCAGUGCGUAACUAACUGCCCCGAUAAAACAGAUUCAAGCACAGUUAACAGAUGGAAUUCUCGUGUGCUGGAACAAAUGGAACUCGGGUACGACUCUGAAUUUGUCCGCGGUCUCUUGCAAACGACGUCCAAUUAUCAAGGGCUGUUCAUUGCAAUAUGUUGGUCCAACAUUAUCCAAUAUUGCUGGAUACAAAAUUUUGUUUUACUUCCAGAUCAAAGUUCGAGCAGUUUGAGCCAGAUAUUCAGUCGAUGAUGUCGAGCGCACCAGACGUGAUUGACGUACGAGGAGUCAUAGUGACGGUGAGAGGGAAUGAAGGAUAUUGCAACGAGCAAGGAACACAGUUUGAUUUUGUCUCACGAUAUUUUGCCCCAUGGAAUGGAAUAAACGAAGAUCCAGUCACAGGUUUGAUGAAUACGUUCUAAAACCUAAACUAAACUAACUUUAUUUAUACUGGAUAGCUCUAUCAGUUCUAAACUGUCCUUCCUAGAGGUCCAGUAAGGUUCAUCUCUUAUUGAUUCAGUGUUACUACAGGAGGAAACCUAAACUAAACUAACUUUAUUUAUACUGGAUAGCUUUUUCAUGGUUCUAAGCUGUUUUCCCUAGAGGUCCAGUAAGAAUCAUCUUUUAUUGAUCCAGUGUUACCACAGAAGGAAACUUAAUUAAGCUAAACUAUUAAAACUUUAUUUAUAGUGGAUACUUCUAUCAGUUUUAAACUGUUUCCACUGGAAGUCAAGCGACAAAAUUGACACUGUUUAAAAUAAUGUUUCCAAACGUAAGAAAAUCAUUGUUCGUUUAGGCUCAGCACACACGGUCCUCGGAAGCUACUGGUCAGAAGUGUUGGGAAAAGAUAACAUGCUGGGUAGAUUAUGAUGAUUUUGUGAAUGAAAAUUUUGAGCGAGAAUUUGAUACUAAACCGUGUUCUAUUCAUUGUUAUUGUUCCAGCUCGUCAAUGUUCAGCUCGUGGUGGUGACUUGAGAGUGUCCAUUUUGAAGAACGGCCGAGUGGUCGUUGCAGGACCUGCCAUUAUUGUACUGCGUGGACAUAUUAAAUAUUCUUAAUUGUGAAUAAUUAGUGUUAAUUAUUUAAUUAAUAAAAUUAUAAAUUAAUGAAAUUAUUUGUUUAAUUAAUUAUCAGAUAUUUGGUGCGAAUCAACGACCAUAAUACUACCUACACAGUACACAGAACACGAAUGUUUCACGUGAAAAUGGACAAUGUUUUUAUGUUUUUAUCUGCUGGUGUUCAUGUUUAGUGCAAACGACGGUAGUAAUGGUCCAGUUAUUUUCGUUUUCUUCGGCCAGUGUCAAAAAUUAUAAUCCAAGAUGGCCGCCAGACGAAGGUUCUUUUGUCGGCAGAGGUUGUCAACAAUGUUGUCAAAAUUGAUUUUUCUUGGUUAUUUUUAUUUUAUUUGUGCCACAGAAAGUACAGUUUUUACAGAAGAAGGUAAUACAUGUUUGUAAUUUUGGUAGUUUUGUUUAUAAAAAUGUUAAAAUCAAGAUACUUUGAUAUAUUUUUGAAGUUCGUAUUUUGAUAUUUGUUAUUAUAGAAAUAUAUAUUUUAGAAAGGAAUUGUAUAUUUUAGAAGGUAAUAAACCAAGUGAGAAUGGUGCAACGCUUUCAACUGCUGGAACAUACAGCUCUGCCUCUGUUGAAGACACCUUGUUCACUGGCAGUGUUUAUGGAGAACACGCUUCAGCAGAGUCUGAUGGCAGUAGAAAUACUGUUUCAGAUUCCUUUGAUAAACCUGAGCUAGAUGCAACUAGUUCUGAAGCGAACAUAGAUCAUAGUUACUCAAACACAGACAAUAUAGAUGAUAAUUCCAAUGGGACAGAGUCAGAAAAUCAAACACUACCCACUGUAAAUAAUUUGAACGAACAUUCAGAGAAUGUCUCUUCUGUUGAUAAUCAAACAAAUAUUAAUUCUGUAAAUGUUUCUGAGCUUGCUGCCAACUCUACCAACAAAACAAUGCAACCUUUUUGGAGUUGUGCCAAGUACAACAUGACGCAACAAAAUGUGAUUGUUUUAAAAGACAAGAACAGUUUAAUGUGGUGGCUGGAUGAAUUGAAUAAAACCGCAGGCUGUGCAGUUGUCUUGUUUUAUGCAAAGUGGUGCUACUUCUCCACCAGUCUUGCUCCAAUGUACAAUGCUGUUGGUCGAGCGUUUUCUGGGAUACCAAUUCUCGCUAUUGAUGCCUAUACUCAUAACAGGUAAGAUGCUGGGCAGUGGGCUCAUCGCCAGAGGUGUACCAUAUGCUGGGUGGGGGGAUGGUCUGGAGCCCCCCCCCCCCAAUUUUGUAAUUCCUCAAAACUGAGAAGAAACUGGCAGGGAUAACCUUGUUGUUUGCCAUGAUUUUGUAACACCUGAAUACACGCUUCCGGAAAGUACGUCACUUUGGCUAUAGAGCCUCAUUUUCAUGUAUGUGACAUCAGUUAAAGUCCACAUCUCAAUCACGAAAACGAGGCUGUAUAGCCAAGGUGACGUACUUUCUGGAAGCGUGUAUUAUGUUAGCAAACUCGGCUACCUACUUUUGUUUUUAGUUUAAAUACAAGAUACGGCAUUGUCGGUGUCCCCACAAUAAUUUUGUUUCAAGAAAGUAGACCUGUGGCAAGAUUUAACCGUUCAAGAACUUUCAAAGAUCUUGUUGAAUUUAUUCAUCAGAGUACAGGUGUGUGAAUUUGUCACAGUUGUCUGAACAGAAUUUCACUUCAGUCUUAUUUGAGAAGAGUGCUUCCAGUUUGAUUUUACGAAACACCUGUUCAGGUUUUCUACUUGUACUCCAGUUUCUCAAUUUCUAAGUAGGUUUCCCUGGCUGUUUAAGGGCUGUCUGUUACAGGACCUCUAGGAAGAACAGUUCAGAAAUAGAGCUAUCCAUUAUAAAUAAAGUUAGUUUAGUUUAGGUUUCCUCCUGUAGUAACACUGGAUCAAUAAGAGAUGCUCCUUACUGGACCUCUAGGAAGAACAAUUUAGAACUGAUAGAGCUACCCAGUAUAAAUAAAGUUGGUUUAGUUUAGGUUUCCUCCUGUAGUAACACUGGAUCAAUAAGAGAUGAUCCUUACUGGACCUCUAGGAAGAACAGUUUAGAACUGAUAGAGCUAUCCAGUAUAAAUAAAGUUAGUUUAGUUUAGGUUUCCUCCUGUAGUAACACUGAAUCAAUAAGAGAUGAUCCUUACUGGACCUCUAGGAAGAACAGUUUAGAACUGAUAGAGCUAUCCAGUAUAAAUAAAGUUAGUUUAGAUUAGGUUUCCUCCUGUAGUAACACUGAAUCAAUAAGAGAUGAUCCUUACUGGACCUCUAGGAAGAACAGCUUAGAACUGAUAGAGCUAUCCAGUAUAAAUAAAGUUAGUUUAGAUUAGGUUUCCUCCUGUAGUAACACUGAAUCAAUAAGAGAUGAUCCUUACUGGACCUCUAGGAAGAACAGUUUAGAACUGAUAGAGCUAUCCAGUAUAAAUAAAGUUAGUUUAGAUUAGGUUUCCUCCUGUAGUAACACUGAAUGAACGAAGUCUGUUUUCCAGGCAUGGAGUACAACGCGUCAGUGGAAGUAAUUGGAAUUGAUUACGAAGAAGGAGCUUUACCAAGUACACCUUCAGACGAGUUCAACCUUUAUCUCUUUGCUUCAUUAUGUUUUCUACUCAGCCUGGCUAUGUUUGUGCUAUGGCGCUUGCAGUAUAUUCAGGUAUUUGUGGAAUAUUUCAUGUCUUUGACGCCGGUGAGGACACUGUUGGGCAACACGGAGAGAGAAAAGAAUGAUUGAGGCGAUUGUCUUGUGAAAUGUGUCCGGAGUUUUGCUUUCCCAGGAUCAGUGUUCGAGCGAGUUUAUGGUUAUGUUUCCACUAUACCAGAUAGCUAGCUAUAGCUUUCCCUAGCGGCGCGAAAAAGCACUUAUCCCAUACGGAAUGUACAAGAAGCUGAGCGAAACAACAUCUCACCGUUGUAAUAAUUCAUCUGAAAAUAGCGUUCCUAAACGGUACGGUGUUGUUUCACGUCGCUACGGACAGCAAUCUGGUACACUGUAAACGUAGCCUCACGAAAUAUGUCCGACUUCAUCGAAACUGUUUUUCUCUUCAAUCGCUAGUCAUUGAUCGAUUGUGCAACGAUCGGAAAUUACCGAUUAUUCAUGCCGCAGUCUGACGCCGAAUUUAUAAUGACGUCAUAAUAUCAGUCGACCGAGUUAAGGUGACAUCAUUCAUGACGAUUUUUUAACGAUAAUUUCCAACGUAACAUCACAGAGUAGAGACAUACAGAGACGUAACUAGUGUACCCACUUUUUUUGUGCGCACGCUCGGCAAGUUACUAGAUGCAUGCAUCUGAUUGGAUGACGACCUGAUGACGACUCACUUUAAACUUGCUGAGCACGCGCAGUUGAUCAUUUUUUGCCAGGUCGCCUGAAAAAAAGUGGGUACAUGAUAACGUAAUCUUCCGCAGUGUUUACAACGGUCAGUUACGUCUCUGUAUGUCUCUACUCUGUGGUAACAUGUCACUGCAACCAAAGAUUGUUAAAAACGUUGAUAAAUGGCACGCUUCACGCAUUAAUUUAACAUAUUUGGUUAAAACGCAACGUGUAUCAACGUGCAAUGCAUAUAAUUUUCAAAGUGCGUAUUUUCUCAACAAUCAGUUUUAGACAAUCGGAAAUAUAGAUAAUUCUACCGAUUCAGAUUGUCUACUGAUAAGGCAAAAAUUGGCCCGAUGCCGAUAGCGGUUAUCAGUCAAUCAGUAUGAAUCGCAAGGCAACAUGGCAUUCUCCUUUGUAUCAAGGUCGUUAGUUGCACUCUAGUGCUCAGAAAACAAAGACAUUAUGCUACGUUUCGUUACUACAUUGUAAGUGGAAAGUGGUCUUAAAAGGUUAAAGCUUGCUCACUCUUGGUUGCCAUAGUUCGAGAAAAUAUGUAUAGGCGCCAGGAAAGAGCCAACCAUCUGUUACAGUAAUUCUUGUUGAAUUGUGGUAUUGUCUAAAACAUAAAGUAUAAAGUAUAUUAUAAUAUUAUUAAGAUUGCUGAACAGCUUUCAAACUAUAACUGAUUAUAAGUUCACUGUACAGCGCGAACUGUUUCGCCACUCAUUUUGUUUCUGACAUUCUGUUAUUCACGUAAUUUCGAUGACUAUAGAUUUUCUUUUAUAACAAGUGGUCAAGAAAAAUGAAGAACAAGGACCCUAGAGUCUUAAAAUAAUAAUACUAAUAUCAUGCACUCUCGCACGUAACACUGAAACAGCGAGUUAUUUCAUUCACUGCCGGUACCCGAUUAAUAACACGUGCUUUCAAAGAAUGCUUUCAAAUUUCCUGUUCUGAUUGUUCAUUUACACCAAAUUUGCAUAAGUCAAGUGGAUCAUAAACUGUGUGUUAUAAAAAACCGCUAUGUAAAAAUACUGUAUAUAUAAUAAAUCGGUUAUUAAAAAGAGCAACUACAUUCGAUAAUAGUAAGGUUUUGAAAUGUUGCAUUUGAAUUAAAUUAUAAUAUUACAGUUAUCAUAUUGAAAUGAAUUGAUAAAUUAUUCAUCAGUUAACCUGUUGCAUUGAGGCCGUAUCAAAACCUCACUGCUUUGACACAUUCAGGAAUAAAUAGAAAUAAAAAAUGUUUUAAAGACUUGUCGCUUAUUUGCAUGCCAGCAAGUAAGGGAAACAAGCAAGGGAAUUGACUUUAUGAGCAUUUGAAAGAAGUCAUAAAUCACUGUACAAAUACUUCGGAAGAUGCGAGCUUUUUUAAUUUUUGUAAUACUCGCUCAAUUCUACACUCGAACGAGCGAUGGCGCGGCUUAUACGGCGAUGACGAGGCUACGAGAUCUCGCCCUCAUGGAAAACACAUUAGUCCAGUCUUUAGAUGAGUUUAUAGCUGCAGAAAAGGCAAAAUUGGAACAAGUUACAAAAAUUGCUGAACAGGUUAAGAAUUCGCUCGGUAAUAGAAAUAUUAGUAAUCCUGAUGAGAUUUAUGCAAGUCCUUUGGAAGUUUAUGCUUUGUUUAAAAGAUUUGUCUAUCAAUGGAGACGUUUGGAAAAAAUUGUCAAGACUAAUAAGUCAAAAGGUGAAUUAAACUAACUUUAUUUAAACUGAAUAGCUCUAUCCCUUGUAUCAGUACUAAAUUGUUCUUCCUAAAGGUCCAGUAAGGGUCAUCUCUUAUUGAUCCAGUGUUACUACAGGAGGAAACCUAAACUAAACUAACUUUAUUUAUACUGGAUAGCUCUUUCAGUUCUAAAGUGUUCUUCCUAGAGGUCCAGUAAGAAUCAUCUCUUAUUGAUCCAGUGUUACUACAGGAAGAAACCUAAACUAAACUAACUUUAUUUAUACUGGAUAGCUCUAUCAGUUCUAAACUGUUCUUCCUGGAGGUCCAGUAAGGAUCAUCUCUUAUUGAUCCAGUGUUACUACAGGAGAAAACCUGUGAUGUUUGGUAGUGUCAAACUGGAAGCACUCUUCUCACAUGUGACUGAGGUGAAAUUAUAAUCAGACAACUGCAUAUUGCAGGAAUCAAACCUCAGUCUGAGAACAGACAACUCCUUGGUCACAACGUUUCUGGAGCGUGCAUGCUCAUCUUAUACCUUCCUUCCUUGUAGAUAUUUUAGGCCAGUUAGAUGACUUCCAGCCAUAUUUUCCUACAGUAGAGGAAGAUCUUUACGGAUCAAUAUCAGCGAUAUAUUUACUUCAAGAUACGUACAACAUCUCAUCUCACGACAUGGCGAAUGGAAAUAUUCCUGGUGAGCUUGAAAUUAUAGCUAGGUUUUCACUGAGCAGUAUCGUGCAGCAGAUGAGGGUCAACCUGCAGUUAUCAGAAUGAGAAAAUAAUGUUCAUUCUUUUCAUUAUAUGUAGUAGUCUUAAACACUGGUUUACACUGUGGAACACUAACGCUCGUAUUCUAAAAGCUCACUCACACUCAAAGAGUGGAGGUUCAAUCUGAGCUUCUCUUGAGUGUCAAUGCUGUUUUUGAAUAGCUGGAGGGUGAGUAGUCACAUAGUAAGGAACGACACUAACAGUCUAACGCCUGUAUUCUAAAAGUUCACUCAUACUUAAAGAGUGGAGGUUCAAUCUGAGCUUCCCUUGAGUGUCAAUGCUGUUUUUGAAUAGCUGGAGGGUGAGUAGUCACAUAGUAAGGAACGACACUAACAGUCUAACGCCUGUAUUCUAAAAGUUCACUCAUACUUAAAGAGUGGAGGUUCAAUCUGAGCUUCCCUUGAGUGUCAAUGCUGUUUUUGAAUAGCUGGAGGGUGAGUAGUCACAUAGUAAGGAACGACACUAACCCUCCAGCUAUUCAAAAACAGCAUUGACAUUCAAGGGAAGCUCAGAUUGAACCGCCACUCAUUGAGUGUGAGUGAGCUUUUAGAAUACAGGCGUUAGUGUUGUACCUUACUAUGUGACUACUCACUCUCCAGCUAUUCAAAAACAGCAUUGACACUCAAGGGAAGCUCAGAUUCAACCUCCACUCUUUGAGUGUGAGUGAGCUUUUAGAAUACGAGCGUUAGUCAGUUUCCUCAAACAUUUCUUACAAAUCCUUCAAAACUUAGAAUUUACCUGAUCCGAAAUUCCUACUGUGAUCCCAGAAACUUUGAUAUUGUAAACCAGUCUUAUUUGGAGGCAAAUAUAUAGAAUAACACCCUUUCGAUAAUAACAUCAUUUGACCUGGUAGCCUCGCUCUCAUGAACAGUGAGCCAAUCACCUUGCGUAAUUCACUAAUGAGAGCGAGGCUCCAAGAGCAAAAAGUAUGUGUGACGUAAUUAUCGAAAGGGUGUAUUGAGAGAUUUUCUUGAGCAAGUGUCACCAUUUCUGAAGCUGACCAUCUGCUGGCCUGACUGAAACAAAACUAAUUUUUAAAUUGUUGACUGUAUCGUAUCGUAGGCAGUAGUAUCAAGAAUGAACUUCAUGCUGACGACUGCUUUGAGCUGGGUUCAUUUGCUCUUUAUUUUGGCCGAUACCACUGGGCACGCGAGUGGCUGGUUGAGGCACUGGAGCGAGUGAAACGACCUGGCUAUAAUGGUAAUAUUGAUUUGCCACUCUUGCUUGAACACGCGUCCUGGAUCGAGUAUAUGGUAGGUAACUGCUCAUCUAAACUAACUUUAUUUAUACUGGAUAGCUCUAUCAGUUCUAAACUGUUCUUCCUAGAGGUCCAGUAAGGAUUAUCUCUUAUUGAUCCAGUGUAACUACAGGAGGAAACCUAAACUAAACUAACUUUAUUUAUACUGGAUAGCUCUAUCAGUUCUAAACUGUUCUUCCUAGAGAUCCAGUAAGUAUCAUCUCUUAUUGAUCCAGUGUUACUACAGGAGGAAACCUAAAUUAACUUACUUAUACUUGAUAGCUCUAUCAGUUCUAAACUGUUCUUCCUAUAGGUCCAAUAAAGAUUACUCAGUUUGUUUUAUUAAAAUUUUUAGACUGGAAAUCUUGAAAAAGCGUUAGAGCAUUGCGUUGAACUCAUUAAAAUCAGUAAGUAUAUACACCCGCCGUGUUGUAUAAGAUAUAUUCCAUCUAGGUAAGAAGUCAGUUGGGGGGGGGGGGGCUUAAUUUCAUCCCCUCCGCUCCUGGAUCUGACCACCACCUCUCUCCUCAGGUCCCUACAACACACGGGCUCUGGACAACGCGAUGAGGUAUCGUCGGGAACUCAAAACAGGUUUGAUUAAAACUUACGAACAUGUCAAGGCUGAUGAGGAGAAGAAGUUGAUUGAUACUUAUCAGAACUCAAAAAUUACCAAGCUAUGUCGAGAAGAGAAUUUGAGAAAGGUUAGUUUGUUUGUUUGGAUUACCAAUUUAUACAGGAUAGCUCUAUCAGUUCUUAACUAUAUUCCCUAGAGGUCUAGUAAGGAUUAUCUCUUAUUGAUCCAGUGUUACUACAGGAGGAAACCUAAACUAAACUAACUUUAUUCAUACUGGAUAGCUCUAUCAGUUCUAAACUGUUCUCCCUAGAGGUCCAGUAAGGAUCAUCUCUUAUUGAUCCAGUGUUACUACAGGAGGAAACCUAAACGAAACUAACUUUAUUCAUACUGGAUAGCUCUAUCAGUUCUAAACUGUUCUCCCUAGAGGUCCAGUAAGGAUCAUCACUUAUUGAUCCAGUGUUACUACAGGAGGAAACCUAAACUAAACUAACUUUAUUUAUACUAGAUAGUUCUAUCAGUUCUAUUCUGUUCCUCGUAGAGGUCCAGUGAGAUUCAUCUCUUAUUCAUUCUAGAGUAAACGAGCUGUAUUUAUACUGGAUAGCUCUGUCAGUUCUAAACUGUUCUCCCACAGGCCUCCUGUGCGUGAAUAAAAUCAAACUUGAAGCACUCUUCUCACAUGUGACUGAGGAGAAAUUAUAAUCAGAACCCUGGUCACGUGAAAGACACAUGCAUGUCGACUGGACAUUACUAUAUAUAACUUUUAUGAUGUAUCCUUAAUUAAAUCUGAUAAUUUUUUCUUCACUCAGUCCCAUGGCCCAGCUCGUUUCCUCAAAUGUCGCUAUAAAACAGAUCAUCCGAUAUUGAGAUUAAAACCUGGCAAGGAGGAAGUGGUGUUAGUCACACCUAGAGUUGUCAUAUAUCACGAUAUGGUUCGAGAUACUGACCUGGAGAAGAUCAAAAAUGUCGCAAGACCAUAUGUGAGUGGACUGCGCCAUUUGCCUAGCAUUUUAUAGUGUAACAAUAGUGCCAGCCAAUCACGACCCAUUGAUCUGGGGCCGGUUGUAGAAAAACGUAAUUAGCGCUAACUGUAGUUAGCGUUAAUCACUGUAGUUAAAGCCUUAACUGUAAUUAGUUAACUACGUCUGUGCGUGGGGCUUGCGUGGGGCGUUUAAACACAAAAUUACAUAAAGUAAGCAGCGAGUAACGACCGCUGACACACAUUUUCAACAUGAUUGUGGACUCGUAUUUUGCAAAUAGGCGGGAAUUUUAUUCAAAACACUAGAAAACAGUGAAAAAUAAACAAAAAAUAAAGAAAAACCGCCACAAAAAUCAUAAAAGAAUGCAGUUUUUCCUUGAGAUGUCUACGUUAAACCAAGGCAGCUGUUUGGCAAUUAUAUAUCAGUGUUUCUUGUUGUAAUGGACCAUACUUCGUCUUCGAGAAAUCGUCCUGUGCAAAAAUAUGUUCUGUUUUCGUAAAAACACCAAAGCGAUAGCGUUUGAAGAGUUUAUAUUGUCAGGAAACAUUCACAGGGAAGAUAGCGAUUGAAAAUCUCAGGUAAGCGUUGCUUUUCAUUAUUGUUUUACUGAAAAAUGUUGUUCACUCCUAUACAAACGCCAUUUUUAACUACGUUUUGGACAGUUAACUAUACCCUAAAGCAUAGUUAACUUUAACUACUUUUUAACUGCAGUUAAGGCCAACUACACUUUUAUACAACCGGCUUAACUACGUGAUUAAAGUUAACUACUUUUUAACUACUUUUUAACUGCAGUUUAUAGCGCUAACUACGUUUUUAUACAACCGGCCCCAGAAUGUUCCAUAUUUUGUGAAUGUUUUGAAAAUCUCACUGUUCUUCAUGCCAUGUAGUCACUCAUUGUUUUGAUGAUUUUAACGUGAUUGGGAAAGCAAUAAGAACAGAUAGCGAAGGUCACGUGACUCUCUCAUGCUCGUUUGAUUGGCGCUUAAUUCUUAUGAUCCUAAUCUCAAUCCUAACUUUAAUCCUAACUCUAAUCCUACAUUCUCUUCUGUUAUCAGCUGCAGCGAUCAAAAGCGUUUAAUCUCAAAACGGGACAAGUGGAAACAGUAUCUUACAGGAUUAGUGAAAAGUAAGUGAUUGUCCAUCUUGGAAGAACAAAACUGGUAUGAGUAUCCAGUCAAUAUCUGAUUGCGUUUGAUAUAUAGUGCAUGGAUUCAUGAGAAUGCCACCGAUGCUGUGAAGAUCUUCAAUCGCAGAGCUGAGGCAAUCAGUGGUCUGACCAUGUCAACUGCUGAAGACUUGCAGGUAAAGAUAGAAUAACAAUCUCAUUCAUUCUAGCAACUCAUGAUUUCACUCGUGGAGAGAUCCCGUAACGGUCGUCGUAAAAAAUGCUGUAAAAAUUGAGUCGCGAUCUUUCUCAGCCGAAAUACAACAGUUUAGAACUGAAGAUAGGCAGAGUGGCUAUAAAUAGAGCAGUGGUUCACAGGUGAAACUAUUCCAAAGGUCGUAGGUUCGAUUCCCACCGUGGCCAGGCAUAUUUUUCCAGCUUGCCCGGUGUGGAUAUACACUCAGAGUAACAUCACAAACAUCAUAUUACGAAUACAAGUCGUUUCGCCCCCAAGUCGAUUCGCCCCAAGUCGUUUCGCCCCCAAGUCGUUUCGCCCCAAGUCAUUUCGCCCCCAAGUGGCUAAGUCGAUUCGUCUCAACGUUUCGUUGCCAAACAACUUCAAAUGAUGGAUAUAUUAAAAAUAUAGUCAAGAAUACACAUACAUAUAAAUGUUGUCAUUGUCACUGAGUAACUAUUUGCAAGCUACCGUUACGCGUGCGAUUUUUUUCAUGAAUGUUUACGUUUCAAACAUUUUAUAUUGUCUGUUGAAUUCCAUACAUGUUUGAAAGAUGAGUAUAAUACCGGGUUUGAGUCAUUUUUCUAUUUAUAAUUGUUAAAAACUAAUCACCGUUCUGGGAAUUGUUUCGUUCGUCCAUUGUAUAAAAAACUAAUCGCUGCGUUGAUUACCGACUUUGUCAAACCUUUUCGCGCUUUUGUUUUCGUUUGAAAUGUUACGUUUUGUCAGUAAUUCUGUCACCUUAAUAGUGAAUAGGUUUUUGCGUGUUUGCCGUUUGAUCCAUAUGACCACAAUACUCGCAAAUAUGGGUGAGUAUGUUUGUUUGUAAAAGAUAUUAAAUUCACUAGCUAACUUGGGGGCGAAACGACUUGGGGCGAAACGACUUGGGGGCGAUACGACUGGGGGCGAAACGACUUGGGGGCGAAACGACCGGAUACCCAUAUUACAAUCUGUCCGUUGAGAAAGACCAUGACUCUAUCUUCACGACCAUUGCGUCCGUAUUGAAACCUGACUUAACUAACAGAAGGGUACAUUUGUUGUUAUAGGUGGCCAACUAUGGAUUGGGAGGACAAUAUGAGGAACAUCACGAUCAUGGAGUGAGUACAAGUGGGAUCCCUUCGUGUCCUCAAUCUACUGCAUGUAUCCCUUCGUGUCCUCAAUCUACUGCCUGUUAUCCCUUCGUGUCCUCAAUCUACUGCCUAUUAUCCCUUGUCCUUAAUCUACUGCCUAUUAUCCCUUCGUGUCCUCAAUCUACUGCCUAUUAUCCCUUCGUGUCCUCAAUCUACUGCCUAUUAUCCCUUGUCCUUAAUCUACUAUCUCAAUCUACUGUACCUUCUUUCUUUUAGUAUCCAAAUUCGCCGUUAAUUAAUCACGUGAACGGAAAUAGAAUUGCUACAAUGUUACUCUACGUGAGUAUGAACGCGCGCAAUGUUUAUAUAGAAAGACACCGUGUUCCUAAAAGGUGGAUUUACUUAUGUUUCUUUUCUGUACAAAUGUUUGUAGCUCACAAGUGUUCCCUAUGGAGGAGGCACGGCUUUCACAAGAUUAAAUAUCUAUGUUAGACCUGAUAAGGUUAGUAUUAAAGUGCCUAUGCAAGAUUUUUAUGAUUGAAUUGCAAAGUUCACAAUCAUAAUGUAACUUUUUUCCUAAAACUCUGUGUAUGUCAAGAUAUAGGGCUUUGUUUGGCAUGUAAAUAUGACUUAAAUGACGUCACGCUGCAUAAUGUAUUUUAUAGAAGACUGUUUUUAGCUUGAUAAAAUUGUGAUUAACUCAAAUUUGCAGACGAAAUGAUAGCCUUGAUAGCUCUUAAAGUAUAUAACUUUCAAUGUCAGUGGAAUUAUCACAUGUUUGGCAAGGAAACGUCUUCUUUCUAACAAAGUUUUAGAAAAUAAUAAAAAAAUUCUUGCAUAGUUAAUGUUUUCAAGCAGUUCAUUUAAUGUUUUGUACCUGUACUGUCCCAGCAUAAAAAUCUUCAUUUACUCCUAGGGUGAUGUUGUAUUUUGGUAUAACCUGAAACAAUCUGGUAUCGGAGAUAAUUCGACAUUCCACGCAGCUUGCCCGGUCCUCUCAGGAAUUAAAUGGGGUAAGGAAAUAUUUUGAGUGAAAACUGUUAGUGAAUCAGAGGCUGAAUGUAUAUUUAUUUCUUUUCUAGUGGGGAAUAAAUGGUUUCAUUUACGUGGACAAGAGUUUAGAAGACCCUGCACGCUCAAUGAAGACGAAUAA